AAUAUUCCAGUCACCGCACCGCUAUGCACAAAAUACCACCAAAAGCGCCGCUCCUUCAACGCGCUGCCCAUUUCUAUUCAUCCCUCGACGCUCCCUGAUUUCAGACUCACUGAAACAACCACCACCAUUUAACUGCUCAUCUCCUUCUUCCUGGCACCCAUUUACACCUUCUCCGAACCCAUUUACUAUAAUCACCUCACCCUUAAAUAGAUACAGUUUCUUCGAUUUCACCCUACCAUUCUCAUAAGUCAUAACCCAAUUUCUACAUUCGGCGUUUAACUGUUUCAUGGUCUAGAAUACUGAAGGAUCAAAUAUGAGAGCAAGAUUAUUAGUGUUUCCAAUCAAAGGAAGGAAUUGGUGCUUUAUCAGAUCGAUUGACCGUUCAACCUCAGAAUCCCAAUCUUCACAAUCUCCGACUACAUUCAAACAACUAUGGAAAAAAGUUUCUUCGUCAUCUCCCAAAGCCACUGCCGCUAAUGUUGAGCUCUGUGUUGAUUUUGUAGCUAAUAAGAUGAACAAAGCUUGGUCUGGUCUGGAAAAGGCGCCUUCCGGAAGUUUCAAGAACAAGAUUCAUGGCGUGGGAUUAAGCCUCUUGUCGCGUGUUAAACCGUCUGAGAUAUUUUUGAAAUCCAUUCCCAAGCAGUUAACUGGUGUGGAGGUUGUCUUCCCAUCAAGCUUAAAUGCAAGGCUUGUUCGUCGAAGAUUAAGGCAUAUUGCAAUGAGGGGGAGUAUUGUUCACAAGAAUUAUUUUUAUGGUUCAGUCACACUGCUACCAGUUACCUCUGCUUUUGCAGUUUUACCUUUGCCAAAUGUACCCUUCUUUUGGAUAUUAUUUCGUACCUAUUCCCACUGGAGGGCCCUAAAGGGAAGUGAGAAGCUUCUUCAGCUGGUAUCAGAUUCCUCAAAGAUACACCAUGAGAAUGAAUCAGAGGAAAAAACCUCAGAUUCCUCUGAUCCUCCAUUGGUAAUGGAAGCAUCUGAGGAGCUUGAAAGACUUGUUGGAGAUGGGGAUGAUGUCAGCAAGUGCAGAUUAAAAGACAUCUGCAAGAAACCGCUUGGUCUCGGAGAUUUCCUUCCUCUCCGGCGAGAAGAAAAAGAAAAGAUGCCGACUGACAUUGAAGACGAGAUCAAGGACGAGAAGAAUCCCCGCCCUCUCGAUGAAGACGAUAUAGCUCUCCUCAAGACUUAUGGAUUGGGACCUUAUUCCAACAGCAUCAAGAAAGCUGAAAAGGAUGUAAAGGAAAUGGCCAAAAGGAUCAAUGAUUUAUGUGGUAUCAAGGAGUCUGACACUGGUUUAGCCACACCUAGCCAAUGGGAUCUUGUUUCUGAUAAACAAAUGAUGCAAGAGGAGCAACCUCUUCAGGUGGCUAGAUGCACAAAGAUAAUCAAUCCAAACACAGAAGAUGCAAAAUACGUUAUAAAUGUGAAGCAAAUCGCCAAGUUUGUUGUCGGGUUAGGUGACAAAGUUUCACCCACUGAUAUUGAAGAAGGCAUGCGUGUUGGCGUUGAUCGCAAUAAAUAUCAGAUUCAGAUUCCAUUACCUCCCAAGAUUGAUCCAAGUGUGACCAUGAUGACAGUGGAAGAAAAGCCAGAUGUCACAUAUAACGAUGUUGGUGGAUGCAAAGAACAAAUUGAAAAGAUGAGAGAGGUGGUUGAGCUACCAAUGCUCCACCCUGAGAAAUUUGUCCAGCUUGGAAUCGACCCUCCAAAAGGUGUCCUCUGUUAUGGUCCACCUGGCACUGGUAAAACCCUUUUAGCAAGAGCAGUUGCCAAUCGAACUGAUGCGUGUUUCAUACGUGUCAUUGGAAGUGAACUUGUUCAAAAGUAUGUUGGUGAAGGGGCCCGCAUGGUUCGUGAGCUCUUUCAAAUGGCACGUUCAAAAAAAGCAUGCAUUGUUUUCUUUGAUGAAGUUGAUGCAAUUGGUGGGGCCCGGUUUGAUGAUGGUGCUGGUGGUGAUAAUGAGGUUCAAAGAACCAUGCUUGAAAUUGUCAACCAACUUGAUGGAUUUGAUGCACGUGGUAACAUCAAAGUUCUAAUGGCCACAAAUAGACCAGAUACAUUGGAUCCUGCAUUGUUAAGACCUGGAAGAUUGGAUAGGAAAGUGGAAUUUGGACUUCCGGAUAUGGAAAGUAGGACACAGAUAUUCAAGAUUCAUACACGGACAAUGAACUGUGAAAGAGAUGUUCGGUUUGAACUUUUGGCUCGCCUUUGUCCGAAUUCUACUGGUGCGGAUAUCAGGAGUGUGUGUACAGAGGCUGGAAUGUAUGCGAUUAGAGCAAGGAGGAAGACAGUGACAGAGAAGGAUUUUCUUGAUGCAGUGAAUAAGGUGAUUAAAGGGUAUCAGAAGUUUAGUGCUACUCCUAAAUACAUGGUUUAUAAUUGAUUUCGAUUUCACUAGGCUUGUUUUAUCCUUUAAGACCUUAUUUUCAGGCUAAAACCUACUUCUUCUUUUUGUAUUUCCUUUGAAACCCAUUUAGUUCUUAUUUGCAGUUUCAAUUCAUAACGCUUCUCUAAUAAACAUCGCA